UGUCCUGCGCAGAACCAAGUAAAUCAUGCAUGCAUAAAGGGUAAUUUGGGAAUCGAAUUACAUAAUCACUAGCUAGCUAAAAGCUUCUAUAUUCUAUGUCGAUCAAAGUUUUAAACAUUGCAAUCCCCCACCGCACUGAACAAUGAUAUGAACCAGUAUAAAUAGACCCAUAAUGGAUCUCAAGUUCCUCAUCAAACAAAAACCUCAAGUCAAUUCUCCAAUUAAAAAGGCAGGUAGCAAGAGAUCGAAGCGAUCGAAGAGAGAUGGACAUGGUGGCAGGAUUGGUGGAUGAGAAGCCAUUGGUGAUCUUCAGCAAGAGUUCAUGUUGCAUGAGUCACUCAACAAAGUCAUUCCUACGUGGGUUUGGGGCAAACCCUACAGUUUACGAGCUGGAUCAAAUGCCGAACGGGCAGCAAAUCGAGAGGGCGCUGCUGCAGCGGGGUUGCAGGCCAAGUGUACCAGCUGUGUUCAUAGGCCAAGAGUUGGUGGGAGGUACGAACACAGUCAUGAGUCUCCAUGUACAGAACAGGCUUGUCCCUUUGCUAAUGAGAGCUAAAGCUAUUUGGAUUUGGAACGAUCGAUGAUGAUUAGUAGCAUAGACUUACUAUGCACACCCAGCAGAUGUAUAUUGAUAAAAUGGCCGGCCUCUAUCCAAUAUAUGAGGCUCGGUCCAUCUUUUUGCACUUCGAUUUGCAUCAGUUACUAACUAAAUGAGAACUACGUACGUACUGUUAUGUUUU